CAAGUGCGAAAAACGUGCUUCGAGAAAUGUUUCGGUCAGAAAUUUUCCGAGCAAAUGGGGAAGAAUGAGCAAAUCUGUUUAGCCAAAUGCAUGGACCGAAUGUGA